UUUACUACUAGCUUGCGUGCUAUUUACAUUGGUCUGGGUCCUUAGCUUUUGUUCCUAACAUAUUUAUUUGUCUCUUCGGAGACCAUCUUAACGCUGCCAACGUCCUCUUGCGUUCAUUUCCUUCCAGUCAGAAUUGUACGACUUCCUUGCAGCCAUUGCAGCCAUGGCUCCCUCGCGCCAGUCACCUAAAGUCGCCGAUUGCAUAUUAUACAAUAGAGAGGAAUAUGACGAGUCCUUUUCACAUUGUGUAGUGAACACAAGUCAGCCGCUGGUUGUUGAGUCUGUAUCUGAAGCCAUGGAGGAGGACUUGCCUACCGCCUUUCUGCCACGUGAAAUACAGGAACUUGAGGACCGUGAUGCGCUGCGUGAGAAACAAAUCCAAGACUUGACGGAACAGAAACAGAAAGGCUCGAGCGACCCGAGUCACGGAGAAAGGGCUGCACAGAUGACGACAGCGACGACCCAUGCCUCGAGCGACCCGAGCCAGACCGCGAGGACACCAGUGAAGACCACAAAAAAGCCUGCUACACAGGCGACUCCAUCACCAGCAGACUGCAGGGACCUCUAUGAAGCCAGCAAGGCCGGGAACCUGGAGAAGGUGAAGCGGCUCCUGUCUCGGGGCGUCGACGUCGAUUGUAGGUGGAGGGGCAGGACACCAGUGAUUGGGGCAGCAUGGUAUGGACACAGAGACGUGGUGGAGCUCCUGGUGGGUAAAGGGGCCGAUGUGUCACUGGUGGACAAGGACGGUGACAACAUCCUUCACUUCGCCUGUAGGGGAGGAGACUUGGAGACGGUGGAGUUUGUGCUGUCUCUGAACGCGGUGGACAUCGACGCCAGGACCAACUACGGGCGGACGGCGGCCCACCUGGCGAGACGCUAUAGAUAUACGCGAGUGGCGGAUCUCCUCGUGUCCCGUGGCGCUCAGUGACGUCAGUGUCGUGUUUGUGUAGACGGUGGGGGAGACCUGACAGGGACGUGGUGUGCCGUUCACGUCGUCGUGUGUACAUAUGUCUUUAUUUACGUCAAACUGUUUGUUGUUUUUGGAUGUGAAUAAAACUUGUAAAAACUU